AUGGCUCUUGGAAUGGCUGGAAAUAGACUGAAUCCGGCGGCGAGCAAAUGUACGAGUCAAUCCCUCAGAAGCCAUAUACCUCUUGGAAAAGACCACCUUUCCGAGCUCGUCGCUAUUGAAGCAUUGAAUAUUGGGAGUUGA